AUGUCCGAGACGAAUGACGACUCGCUUACCUUCGAUUUGGGCAACGAUGAUCCUGCCAUUCUUAAUGAGGACGAACUGCUGCUGUCCGACGAUGAGAACGGCAUCAAACUCGACCAACCGGAUGAGGAUUUUCUCCUCGAAGACACGGACGAUUGGGUUAGCAAAGAGUUAGCGUCGAAGGAAGGUGAACCGACGGGCAGCAGCAGUGUUGUGGUGAAGGAUGUGCGCAAGAAUGAUGACAGUCCAUCGCAAAGUGUAUCCGCCAACAGCCGAACGUUCGGAUUGCAAAGUGAACCUAGCAACCAGUGCGAUGAGAGUGACACCGCACACGAUGCCGGUUACCAUGAAAGUUUGUGCCCGCCGGUGCCGCAAGCGGAAGUUGAACCACCUAUCGAAGUAAACCGAACAAGGGACAGUGACCGAAGUGCCGCGAAUGCGACGGAUGAAAGUAAACUGUCCGCUAGAAUCGAUGAGAUCGAAGUGAGUGUUGAAACGACGUCUCCCACAACCACGGGCGACGAUGCGGGUGUUUUUGGAUUCGAUGAGCCGCAUCCCGUUCACGAUUUGAUCCCGGUCGAAUCGAAAGAAUCAUUACGUUCGACAUCAUCAUCAGGGCUGGAUGAUACAUCAACGGUGGCCUCAUCGGUCGAGUACAGUACGUCUGUUCAAACGCUUUCGGAGGCAUCCCCGCAGUCUAGCAGAACACGCCUAACAGAAAAGACAACCGCCAGUGAACAGUGUGAUACGACAUCUUCCGAGGAGGUGCUGUACCUUUACACAAAUAACCAGGAUCCUGACGGUUCGUACGAUACGGAUGAACUGAGUGAAAAGCGUGGCUGGAAAAAUGAAACGAAAAAUGAUGUCCGUCAUCCGAUGCAUGCUCAGCAUCUUCAUCAACAGCAACACCAUGGUGCUUCGGGUUCGGCUGGAAACCGACCACAGGCAGGUUAUGGGAAACCCGGCAUGAAGCAUCCGCUGCUGCCUCCGCAACAGCUCAUGCAACACGGUUCCGGACUGGUCGCACCGAAUAUACUCGGGCCACAUCGGCCAAACAAUUUCGGUGGAAUGCAUCCGGGUGCCCGGAUGGAUUUUCGACCGGGCAACCGCCAACGCUACCCACUGCGACCCGGUUUCGGGCCUGAAAUGAUGAACCCAUUCCGCGGCAUGGGCCGAAUGAACUUUCCGCCCGGACCACUCCCACCCGGUAUGCAUCCCGUUGUGUUAAUGCAGGGCGGUGGGCCCGGUGGCCCAAUGCCACCAAUGCGAGGCUUUCCUUCCCGCGGUCAUCCGUACGAAAUGGGACGACACAUGGCGCCACGUUUGAUACGUCCAAUGGGUGGUGCGAAUGGGCCACAAAUGUUUCGCAAUGCUGGUCCACCAGGUGGUCCAGGAGGGACAGUGAAAGUUUCGUCAAUUGGCACGCAGCAGGGACCGUUCGGGCCUUCGGUAUCGCAAGGAACGCAGGGUCAGGUCGGUAAUCCGGGGACCGGCAUGAAUGCAGCACCGCCACCUCCGCAGUCGCUUCUCUCCGGAACAUUCGACCCUAUGACAGUAGGGGGUGGAAGUGGUGCAACGGGUGGUGUUGUUAGUGGUGCAAGUGGUAGUGUUAUUGCCGGUGGAACUGUCGCCAAUGUUAUCCAGCCAGCACCCGCUCCCGUUCCCGGAUUUCCACAGAAAGUGCUGAUCAAUCCUAAUUUUAAAGGUGGUGUUGAGGCGGUCAAGAAUCAGUUAAUGCGUGAUGCAGCGCUCAGUUCGCAGCAGUUUGUGGCCGGCGUUAGUGCCCGGCACGUAAGUGACGCCGAGCUGUUGCGCCAGCAGGAAGAGUUCAUCAAUAAAAACCGCAUCGAGGUGGAAAAGCGGCGACACGAACGUUCACCAUCCCGGGAGCGCGAGCGUGAUCGAGACCGUGAUCGCGACCGUGCCAGAUCCCGUGACCGGGAACGUUCGCGCGACCGUGAACGGGAACACCGGGAACGUGAGCGGGACAGGGACCGUGAACCGCUGCGUGGCCGGUCGCGUGAUCGUUCGAGGGAGCGGGAUCGCGAGAUGCGGCCGCGAUCGAGGGACCGGGACCGUGAACGGGAAUACUCACCGCGCAGGUAUCAUCGCGGUGGCAGCAGGGAUCGGGAUCUGAACCGGCCCGGUCGGAGAAACUUCGGGCGGAGUCGAAACGCUAGCCGGGAGCGGGAUGACGACAGUCGAUUCCCGAAGCGUCGAAAGAGUAGCGACUACGGCGAAAACCGUGGACACUACGAGCGAAAUGAUGAUGAUGAAGAUCCCGAAACGAGGGCUUAUCGGAUGGAAAUUGAAAAGCAAAAAGCCACACGCGAAAAAAUGUUACGCGAAAAAGAGAUGCGUCGAAAGCGGGCCGCAGAGGAGAAGCUUAAAACACGAUCAAAUGACACAAAACCUCAGGAGAACACUCCACCCAAGCUGACACCUUUAGUCGUGACGGAGAAAAAAAUUAUUACCCUGAAAAAGAAAUCGGAACCGAUCGCAACGGAACCGACGCGCCGAUCACCGGUCGAACGCACGAGCACCAACGCCCGAACGGUGAUCGAUUCACAGGAUCGCUCCCGCACGCGGCUCGAAAACGAACCGCACUCGAGCGAUGGCGGCACCGAACGGCAGCGCCACAAUAGUGAACUGAACUCGGAAGCAAUCGAGCUGGAUCUGCUUGAAGAAUUGCUGCUCCGUGAACCGACCCCGGAACCGAUGCCAUCGAAACCGAGAGUAACGACCAGCAGCGGUCAAGUGUCGACGACGAGUGGUACGGCGAUGGUUACCACCUCCACGAAAUCUGCCGACAGUGGCGCAGUGAAGGGCGGCCGGGAACGGAACAGCGCAGCAACGAUCAACAACACGGGAGGGGGAGCAGGAGGAACAACGGUUGGCGGUGGUGGUAGCAGCCGACGAAUCGUUUUAAUGAAGCAGACCGGCGAGCGGAAGGACAGGACGGAUGGCGGCGGCGGGUUGACGGCCGGACUGCACCAUACAACGGCGACCAGCAGCCUCAACAACCGGAAGCCACGCAUCUUCGACCGGCUGGACAAGCGGAUCGGCGUGAACGAGGCUGACAAGCGUAAAAUUCAGAGGUUAGUCAAGGAUAAUUAACCGUUUCUCUGUCCCGCAGUCGUCGUGAAACAUUAUCCUUAGAGGGAAUGGUGUUAUCUCGAAUGCACACCAACCCUGGCCACACAUUCGCGUAUGCAAGUGUGAGUGGGUGAAGCUUCUUUCGCGGGCGGGGGGGAAAGCCGUUUCGGAGCAUUUGUUUUUGGAAAAUGACCACUGAUCGUGCGACAUUUUGUCUAGGACAACCUUAUCGUAACCCAGCUCUGAUGGUUACACCAGAGUUGAAUAGUCCUUCUGGAUGAAAGUUUGUAACACCCUGUGCAUGGUGGUGGUGAACGUAUUGUUCACGUAGAUGUUAGUCUUAUCAAGUAGGAAGAAAGUUAAAAAAGUGCCACGUGCCACUUUGGGAAUAUCUUUUUUCAUAGAGUUUUUUUUUGUUUGUAUCACUUUUACCAUGUUUCAUAAACGCUUAUUUCGAAACACACACACGGGAACGCGGUAUGGAACAGAACGUUCAAUUCAUUUUGUCAUUAACCGAAUGGGGCGCAGCGUGUGUCGGAAGUGUUUUCACCCAAAUUGUGUAUUAAAUUGGUUCUUUGUAUCACAUUCGUUUGAUACCACCUUCGCAUUGGAAAAAGGCGUCUAGGGGUUUCCCCGCACUAGUAAUCGUGACCGUGAAUGCAUUUGUUUUGUUUAGUUAGAUUACUUUUAUCGCACAUUUUACUGAUCGGACCAAUUAUUUUUCCCUUAUUUUAAACUAAACGAAGCUCGUUCAUUGUGGUUGUUUUUGCAAAUAUUUUUGUUUUUAGUAAUUCCAUUAAAAAUCCUUUCUCUUCAAACCAUGAAUCAGAGGAACGGUCACGGUGUGUGUGUGUGUGUGUGUUUUUAGGAGGUCACUCCGUGUGGGCAUAAGAAGAUAAUAGUUGUGUAAAGUUUUAGGAUUCGGUAAGGUUUUUCUUUUUUGUUUUGUUAGUUAUAUUAAGCCAACAAAUUCAAACAAUUUUAUUGUGUACGUAGUUUAAUAGUGUUGCUUUAGCUGCAACUGAAUUAGUUGCCGACGGUUAGCAACGAGCAAACCCCUCAAAUCAGUAAUGGUAGUAAUGUGAGGGGGUGCACAGACUUGACAAAAGAAUAAUAACACUCAAUAUAACAAACAGAUAAAAUUACUAGACCUAUAGGAUGCAAGAGAGAAAAAGAGAUAGAAAGAGAGGGAGAGAGGGAAAGAGAGAGAGAGAGCGAGAGAGAAAGAGUUAAAACACAAAACGGAAUAAUGAAAACAAAUGAGCAGGGUUUAACAAAACCACUUUAUAGCCAAACUUAUAAUGCUCCACAUUUUUCCCCCAUUUUAUCAAAAUUCCCAAUCCGAUGCGAUUGCUGAUAUUUUUGAUAAAACCAUUUGCAAAUUUCUGCUCCUUUCUUCCCCCCUCCCCCCUCCCCCUCCCCCUUUCCUGGAUCUUAAUUGUAACUCAUUUCCAAACAAAAACAAUUCAAGCACACCGCAAUUUGCCGGAACGCACUACUUUAAGAUUAACCAAUAAAAUAAAAGUAUGGAAAGCUGUUCAUUCAAAUACGUGUGAGAAAGCGUAGCCUAAUACCAAAAACAAACCCAACACAACGUGAUUUUAUUCGUGUAAAUACCCCCUUCCAAUUGCCUUCUAUUAAUU